AUGGCGUCCUCAACGCCUUCGGCAUCGUGCUCAGCAGAGGAUUUUGAGGAAUUUUGCGCUAGCAAUGAAUCUCUGAUCCAUAAACCUGCUAGUGAUAAAGUAGAUACAAAUCUGCGAAAGACUAAAAAUAAAGGUCAAAGCGAUAUAUUUAAGAAAAAAAGAGUGAAACAUGUUCUUGAUCCGACCAAGACACAUGCUUCGGUUGAGAAGAGUGGAUCUCAGUCAGAUGGAAAUGAGAGUGAGGAGAUGAUGGAGUGUGAGGUUGUAAAAUCUUCGAAAGACUCCGUAAAAAUGCAAACUAUUUCUAAUGCUGAAACUGGUACAGUUGAGAAAAAUGCAACUACCAAAAAAAUCCAAAAUACAAACAAAUCUGAUAGCUCCGUUUACUAUCCAUCAAAUUUUAUAGGCAAACCUUUUGUAUUGGUAGACACCUCAGAGUGUGACCUAUUCAAAAAUAUCAAAAUUAGAAAUGGCAUGAGCCUAUAUCAGCAUAUCCGUCACUUAAAAAUACAGGGUAUUGAUAUAAUUGAAGCAGUUGGUGUCACCUUAUAUAAGGUAUUCUUCUGCAAUCCCAAAUCGGCAAAUAAUUUCGUCACCAACAAUGACAUUCUAAAAAUGAAACUUAAGCCGUUCAUUCCCAGAACGGCCUUUGAAACAUAUGGCGUAAUUCGAGGAGUUGCGCUUUACCUUUCAAAUGAAGAAAUUCUGAGAGAUAUAAAGUCCGCUAGCAAGGUAAACUUCGUACAACGUUUCCUUAGACGUGAUCCGGAGGAUUCAAGCAAAUUUCUCCCAACCUUCUCAGUUAAGCUGGGAUUUUUGGGCAACAGCCUACCUAAGGAUGUGAAGCUUGAGUAUACAAAUUUUCAAGUAGAACAUUACUAUCCAUCUGUUAGACAAUGCUACAACUGUGGAAGAUUAGGACACACACAAAAAGGCUGUAAAAGUAGUAAACGCUGCUUGCUCUGUGGAAGUACGGAAGUUUGUAUACCGCCCUGCAAAAUAACUCAAUGCAUUCUAUGCAAAGGUAACGACCAUAAAUAUUCAGAUAGGGAGAAGUGUCCAGUAUGGAAGAAGGAGAAUGAAAUUAAUAAAUUGAAAACAGUAAAAAAGUUAUCGCGUAAAGAAGUGCUAAAUACUUUCUUUCCGAGAAGCAACAACCGCUUCGAUGUCUUAGAUGUUGAAGAUACGGAUUUUCCGGUACUGGUUGAGAACGACAACAUGAUCGACUCUAAUGAAGUCAUAAAUCGUUCCUUGACAAAAAAGAAAUAUAGCUCAGUUGUCAAGAAGGGUGCAAUUCCCAAACAAUCUUCUGUCAAGCCUGAUAAAGUCUUGAACAAAAAUACUAAGCCUCGUGUGGUUCCAGUCUUUGAAAGACAAGACUAUCAAAUUACUUCCCAGCUAGAAAAGGUGUUAUGGGAGCUAGUGAAGAUAGCUAAAGCUACUUGUGUAAGACUAAAUGAUACUGAGACCCUUGCCCAGGUCACCAAACUGAGAGGUAUGAGGGAUCAGAUUUUGGCUAAUCGAGACGUAGCACUUUCUAAGUGCGGUUCGGCAUCAGUAGAUUCAUUAGAUGAAAUGUCUGCAAUAUAA